GGAAGCAGCAGCGGGAUGUAAAAUGGCGUCAGGAGACAAACAGCAGCUCGGUCGGACUGAUUUUAACACUAACGGCGGAACGGACGCUCGGCGGGAGUCGGACAGUAAGCUGCCAUGCUGUGAGGUGGUGACUCCGCCCGCUCUGUGAGGAGGAGGAACAGCAGGAAGAGGAAGAGGAGGAGAUGGCGGCUGAACUUUUCUCCACCAGCCUCCCUCACAGUGAGGAGGUGGAGGUGCUGGACGUGAAGAAGAGUUUCAUCCAGCUGAGCAAACCGGAGCCAACGAGUGAACACGGCGACGAGCGAGACGCCGUUCAGCCGUACAACAGCAAAGACAACAACGCAGAGGACAGAGACAGCUGGCAGGCAGCGCACCCCACCCUCAGAGAGAGGAACGCUCUAAUGUUCAACAACGAACAGAUGGCUGAUAUCCACUUUGUCGUUGGUCCUCCAGGAGAAACUCAGACAGUUCCUGCUCAUAAGUACGUCCUGGCAGUGGGCAGCUCGGUGUUUGGAGCCAUGUUUUAUGGAGAUCUGGCAGAGGGACAAUCUGAGAUCCACAUCCCAGACGUGGAGCCAGCUGCUUUCCUUAUUCUGUUAAAGUACAUGUACAGUGAUGAGAUUGAGCUGGAGGCUGACACUGUGCUCGCCACGCUCUAUGCUGCUAAGAAGUACAUCGUCCCUGCCCUGGCAAAGGCCUGCGUCACCUUCCUGGAGACGAGCCUGGAGGCAAAGAACGCCUGCGUCCUGCUGUCUCAGAGCCGGUUGUUUGAGGAGCCUGAGCUGACGCAGCGCUGCUGGGAGGUGAUUGAUGCUCAGGCUGAGCUUGCUCUGCGAUCUGAGGGCUUUUGUGAGAUCGACGUGCCCACGCUGGAGAUCAUCCUGCAGAGAGAGACACUCAACAUCCGUGAGAUUGUAGUGUUUCAGGCAGUGCUGAGCUGGGCAGCGGCUGAGUGUCGGCGGCAGGGCCUGACAGUGACCCCCAGGAACCAGCGGACAGUGCUGGGUAAGGCUCUAUACCUGGUCCGCAUCCCCUCCAUGACGCUGCAGGAGUUUGCAGACGGUGCAGCGCAGUCUGAUGUGCUGACGCUGAAAGAGACUCACAACGUCUUCCUAUGGUUCACCGCCACCAACAAACCUAGACUGGAGUUCCCUGUGGUGAAGCGGACUGGCCUGGUGCCGCAGAGGUGCCACCGCUUCCAGUCCUCAGCCUACCGCAGCAACCAGUGGCGCUACAGGGGGCGCUGCGAUAGCAUCCAAUUUGCAGUGGAUAGGAGGAUCUUCAUAGCCGGGCUCGGUCUGUAUGGGUCCAGUGGCGGAAAGGCUGAGUACAGCGUGAAAAUCGAGCUAAAGAGGCAGGGAACCGUUCUGGCCCAGAACCUCACCAAGUUCCUGUCAGACGGAUCAAGCAGCACCUUCCCCGUGUGGUUCGAACACCCGGUUCAGGUAGAACAGGACACUUUCUACACGGUCAGCACUGUCCUGGAUGGAAACGAGCUGAGUUACUUUGGCCAGGAGGGGAUGACCGAGGUGCAAUGUGGGAAAGUGACCUUUCAGUUCCAGUGUUCAUCGGACAGUACCAAUGGCACCGGUGUGCAGGGGGGGCAAAUUCCAGAACUGGUCUUCUACUGCUGAACAAGAAUCUGAUGCAUUGAAGGACUCAUAGCCUUCAAUCAAUCAGUAAACACAAAGGGGGAGUCAGUGACUGAGCCUGGAUGCAGACAUGAAAGCUGAUUGGACUGUUGCAGUAGUACUAGAAGCUGAUUGGCUGACUGGUCUGUUAAAAAAAUGAUUAGUGAACAUUAAAGUUUGUGUGACUGAAACUA